AGUGAAAGCAGACUGCCGGCCCAUCCUCAAGUUUCACUACACGCUGUGGACACUACACACUCAUGUACAAACCCACACAGAGAUGAGCUCUGUCUCUGGGCUGACAACACUGAAUUUCAUGCACUGGAUUUGAGAAACCUUGGAUUUCUGCUCCAUAUGAGGAAGAAAAUCUUGAAAGCACCUUGUCUCCUCUUGAGUCUGGUAACAAGUCUGAAUCUCUGCUCGGGAAAAUUUGGAGCACCGAUAACUGAUGAUGUGACAAAGCUGACAAUACUGAAGCAGAAUAUCCCUUCUGAUUAUGAGAUUCCUAUCAGCUACAUUCCUAAAGAAGUGGGGGGCUCGUGCUGGGUGGUGUUGAACAUCUAUCCUUUGGAGCAAAGCCUUCGGAAUCUGGCCAACAUGUUUGGCGCCAUCUCCUCCAACAAAGAAAACAUCAUCGUCUUCAUUGCCAUGGUCAAGAGUUUACGCUUCACUUUUGACCACGAGGAGCUGGAAACAGCGAUGCAAGUUUUCCAGUGUCACUAUCAAGAAGGAAGCCUGCUGUCCGGCCUGUACUUCGACUACAUCAAAGACAUCUUACACACUGCAACUCAAGGAACAUCCGGCUUCUCGUGCAAGCCACCGCCAUGCCUUAAUUCUCAACAUACACCAGGGGGUCAAGAAGACAAUCGCAGAUUCAGCUGGUCGAAGAGAGCUCCCUUGCUUUUGGCGCUCAUCCCCUUCACAGCUUGUGUUGUUCUCAUAGUGUGUCUUGUCAACUCUAGAAGGCGUUUACCAGUGUGCAACACUGAAAAUAGCCAAAUGGCGACUACUGACAUGAUCCCAACUGUGUCUGUCUCCAUCCCACUUCAAACACUCGCCCACGCCGCUGACACUCAGCCAGCGGGGGAGGAGAUCGCCCAACAUGAAAGUGGAUGAAGCAUGAUUAAUGAAGAAGGAGAAAUUGGACAGCAGUGUAACGACUCACUCUCCAGGUUGCUCUGCCGUUGGCAGCAGCCUGCUGGAUGCAAGAGUGUGGUCUGACACUCUUCUUGUGAGUGCGCAGACCACUGCUACUGUAUGAGAGUAUACUCACCUGCUGUGCGAAGGCAGGAGCUUUACCAAAUUCCCCAGGCACUCCUUUGGAACUCUCCGUGCACAAGUUGGUUAUCCGACACGGUGGCUGGUGAAAUACGCGCAUCUCUGUCUCUUGGCUUCUUGGCUGCUGUUGAGCAGUGUUUGGCUGGGCUGUUUUGAAAAGACAGAGUCCAAGUUUUUCAAUGUCACGGUGUCUGUUCAGGGUGUUGUUUUGCUUCGGUCUGAAGCUGCAAUCGCAAAUAUCACUGGAGCCACCAAUGAAAAUGAUAUUCCAGCUUGUGAAGGACUUUUUUUUUAUUAUUAUUCUUAUUAUUAUCAUUUGGAAUUGGAACUGCAGCCAGCAGCUUGUUGGCUGCGUCCCCGUGUUUAUAGAAACUGCCCUUUCGCUGCUGUAUAGAGUCACACAACUUUCAGGAUACGC